UUGAAGUUUUUCCGUUGGCCAGAAAAUACACAUGCAGCAAGGGCUCGUAAAACAUAAAACAUGGCGGAUGAAAGUUCAUUUCAGGGGACAGAACUUAAAGAAGACGAUGAAUUGGAUGAACUUCUUGACAGUGCUCUUGAAGAUUUUGACAAAACAACCCCAUCUACUACAAAACAGUCUUCACAGGCUGAUUCACAGAAUGGUGCUAAUUUAUCGGACUGUACCAAGAGAACUGAAACCAAAGCUUGUGAGAAAAGCAGCGACACAACAACAGUGAAAACUCAAGGAAGCACAACUGUGGCAGCUUCACCUCAAGACACUUUGGAUCGUGCUCAUUUGGAAGCCAACCUUGGCCAGGUACCAGGGCUUGACCAGUUAGAAAAUGCUAUGAAGACGAUGCUGGGAAAUGAACCUGAACUGCUGGCUCAUUUGGAACAGUUUGCUCAAGCUGCAGCUAGCGCUGACCAUGAUAGUCCAUCAUCAUUGGCCGAUCUUGAAGCUAACCUUGCUAGAACCAUGAAUCAUUUGGCUCAAAAUGCUAAAGACUUAGAGAACUGUCCAACAGCACCUUUGAAUGAAGAUUUCUUUAAGGCCAUGUCAGAUAUGAACCUUGCCAGUGGUAGUGAUGGGGAGCUGGACUUUCUACCAUUAAUGCAAGGCAUGAUGCAGAACUUACUGUCUAAGGAUGUUCUUUAUCCUGCCUUGAAAGACUUGAAAGAAAAGUAUCCAGCAUGGUUGGAAGAAAAUAGAGCCUCAUUGCCAUCAGACGAACUUGACCGUUGUAGAAAACAGUACGAUCUGGUGUGUGAAGUUUGUUCAGAGUAUGAUGCUGAAACUUCAGUUGAUUCUGAUGAAGUCAAGAAAAAGCGAUUCGAGAAACUUCUUAGUCUUAUGCAACAGAUGCAAGAAUGUGGACAACCACCAGCAGAUCUUGUUGGAGAAAUGCCACCAGGCUUCACUGCUCCUAUUCCAGAGAUGCCCGAAGCACCAGAAUUACCUGAUGAACUGAAAAACGAGUGCAAAGUUACGUAGCCUGAUCAAGUCCCUAAUUUCAAAAAGUGCAAUAUUGAGAGUGACAGUGGGAAAUUAUCCAAGUCACAGGCAAUAGCUUUAAAAUAUGUUGCUGGCAGUUUUGGCAGCACUUAGCCAUGCCUGCCUGUCUUGCUGGUUACACAGUCCACAGUCACUACCCACAAGGUCGACAAAUACAGUUAAUGGUUGACUUCUGAGUCAAUACAAUGCAAAUUACUGACAAGCCAUUAUGGCACGGGAUGCAGAAUUAUUGAUUUUAAGGGUGUAAGAUGUAAAAAUUAGCGAUUGUGAUUACAAAUAUAACUGUCCAGUUCUUUCAAGAUGUGCUAUUAACAUAUAACUACCAUUAUUUAAUAGUGGGAGGCGCGGUGGCCUCAUGGUUAGUGCGCUUGUCUCCGGAUCAAGCGGUCCG